UCACCUCAGGAACAGAGACGGGCGGGCCGUGCGGGUGUGGGAUGUAUGCGGUUGUGGUGGGUGUGACGUGCUUGGUGGGAGAUGUGGCUUUCGGGCCGUGAGUUUCGCCUGCAUUGUGCUUGCGACGAUUGGGCUCUGUGUGAUUGUGUGGUUACGUGGGGGCGUGCACAGUUGUGUUUGGUUAUACGGCUGAGGGUGGGUGAGCGGUGGUCUCCCGAUUGCUUGCGUUUGGUUCCUUGGUUGUGUGAGGUUGAGGCGUUUGGGUUCUGAGUUUGUGUCGAGUCGUUUGUAGCGUUUGGUGUGGCGUCUGUGCGCCGUGUCACGUUGUCAUGUCCGCUCUGUGGGGUCGAGUCUUUCAUGUCGUGUGUGGUUGUGCGACCUGUGCAUAAUCGUGUUGAAUUGUGUGGAGGGUGUUGUGCGCGGUCGAGGCCGUGAUGAGUGCGACUGUGGGAUGUGUAGUCUCUGCGGCAUGUAGCCGUGUAGCAUUCAUGCUGGGCGUAUAAUUUCAGGAUAUGUAAGUAUGAUUUUUAUUUUUUACGCGGUGUGGGUUGAGAGGGGCUUGCAUAUGUUAUGGUUGUGGGGUCUGGCUUCGUGGUUUCUAGUAGAUUUAUUUGGUUGUGGUGUGUGUGUGGUUAUGCGAUUUUAGAGUUCGUUCAGGCAUUCAUUCAUUCACAAAUGAAGCUUUCUUGCGUUUCUUCGUGGUAGGUGCCAGGGAAUGUGCUAGACCCUGGGGUAAGGUGGUGGGAAAAGCGCGUAGUCUCUGCCCUCACAGAGCUUAGAGCCUUCUGUACUUAGUUAUUUUAUGUACUCGUGAUUAUAAGUUGAUACGAGCGCUGUCCCACGGGAGAAUGCCUCAAGUAAGAGGCAUUUCCUUGAGGAAGCAAGGUUGGGUUGAGAUGUGCAGGGUGUGUGUGUUUGAUUUGUGGUUCUUAGGGUGAGUGCCUGGGAAGGAAAGGAGCUUUUAGAGUCCCCGCAUCCGAUGAACCACUUGCUGGGGAGGAAACUGGAACUGCUAUUUCAGUGACCGUCUGGAAAAGGGGCUGAGAUCUGGGUGUAUAUAGUCAUGGGGUUUCUUAGAGGGAAAAAACCAGGGGCCCGGUGUUUCCUUUGCUUAUUUUCUGGGUCAUGGCUGCCUUUCGGCUUUGAGGACCAGGCAUUCCGUCCUCACAGGCCCUCUGAGCAGGCCCAUCCGAAGCUGAGAGUCAUACAUUUCCUCUUACUCUCUACUGCGGUUUGUGACCACAGGUUCUUGGGGAGAAGUUUCUCUGCUUUUGUGGAAUGGUUUUAUCUGGAUUCUCCCAAGGCUGGGUGUUUUUCUGAGGCGACAUUGGAAGUGACUUUGGCAUGGCCCAGUAAAAGUGAAAAUGUAACCUAUUAAGCCCUGAAUGUCUGAAGCACUAAAUCCUUUUAUUUUUGAAGCAGUGAGAACAUUAGGCUGGCUUUUCAGCUGUCAUUUAUUGACUUAUAAAACCCACUAUGUUCACUGUCGAAAAAGUACAAAUAUAAAACACAAAAUAGAUUUUUCUCUUUACCACUGGAUUAAAAAAAAAUUUUUUUUUAACAUUUAUUUAUUUUUGAAAGACAGAGAGAGAGCACAAACAGGGGAGGAGCAGAGAGAGGAGACACAGAAUCCGAAGCAGGCUCCAGGCCCUGGGUUGUCAGCACAGAGCCCGACACGGGGCUCGAACUCACAGAUCGCGAGAUCAUGACCCGAGCUGAAGUCGGCUGCCUAACCAACUGAGCCACCCAGGCGCCCCUUACCACUGGAUUUUUAAUGCUCCUCCUUAGACUAAGAGCUUCUCCUACUCCAGAGAGGAAACCUCACCCAGAGCCAUGAUACCACUUUCCCGUCACCUGUGUGCUGCUUGGUUAAGCUAAUGCUGUGAGAGCACUGGUCCCUUGUGGAGGAAUCAAGCCGACUCUUGGCAUGAGGGGUUGAGAGGGACACUGCUAUGGCUUCUCUGGAUGACCCUGGGGAAGUCAGGGAGGGCUUCCUUUGCCCUUUGUGCCUGAAGGACCUGCAGUCUUUCUGUCAGCUUCAGUCACAUUAUGAGGAAGAGCACUCUGGGGAAGACCGUGAUGUCAAAGGGCAAAUUAAAAGUCUUGUCCAGAAGGCUAAGAAAGCCAAGAACAGGCUGUUGAAACGAGAAGGAGAUGACCGAGCAGAAUCGGGGACACAGGGCUAUGAGUCUUUCAGCUAUGGAGGGGUUGACCCUUACAUGUGGGAACCCCAGGAACUUGGUGCUGUGAGAAGCCAUCUUUCCGACUUCAAAAAACACCGAGCUGCCAGAAUUGACCACUAUGUUGUUGAAGUCAAUAAAUUAAUAAUCAGGUUAGAGAAGCUCACUGCAUUCGACAGAACGAAUACUGAGUCUGCUAAGAUACGAGCAAUAGAAAAGUCAGUGGUGCCUUGGGUCAAUGACCAGGAUGUUCCUUUCUGUCCAGACUGUGGGAAUAAGUUCAGCAUCCGUAACCGCCGCCACCACUGCCGGCUCUGCGGGUCUAUUAUGUGCAAGAAGUGUAUGGAACUCAUCAGUCUCCCUUUUGCAAAUAAGCUUACCAGUGCCAGCAAGGAUUCCCUGAGCACCCACACCAGCCCCAGCCAGUCACCCAACAGUGUCCAUGGCUCCCGCCGGGGCAGUAUCAGCAGCGUGAGCAGUGUAAGCUCUGUCCUGGAUGAAAAGGAUGAUGACCGGAUCCGCUGCUGUACACACUGCAAGGACACACUACUGAAGAGAGAGCAGCAGAUUGAUGAGAAGGAGCACACCCCCGACAUUGUAAAGCUGUAUGAGAAAUUACGACUUUGCAUGGAGAAAGUUGACCAAAAAGCUCCUGAAUACAUCAGGAUGGCAGCAUCAUUAAAUGCUGGGGAGACCACCUACAGUCUGGAACAUGCCGGUGACCUUCGAAUAGAAGUGCAGAAAGUGUAUGAGCUCAUAGAUGCUUUAAGUAAGAAGAUCCUAACCUUGGGCUUGAACCAGGACCCUCCACCACAUCCAAACACUUUGCGGCUGCAGAGGAUGAUCAGAUACUCAGCUACGCUUUUUGUGCAGGAAAAGUUGCUUGGUUUGAUGUCACUGCCAACCAGAGAACAGUUUGAGGAACUGAAAAAGAAAAGGAAGCAGGAAAUGGAGAGGAAGAGGAUCCUGGAGAGACAGGCUGCCCUGGAAUCCCAGCGAAGGCUUAAGGAACGGCGGAGUGACCUGGCACCUCAUACGGCUAAUGGGGAGGUGGCGUCCCUUCGAGGGGGACCUGCCCCCCUGAGAAAGGCUGAGGGCUGGCUCCCGCUGUCUGGAGGUCAGGGGCAGAGCGAAGACUCAGACCCCCUCCUCCAGCAGAUCCACAACAUCACAUCAUUCAUCAGGCAGGCCAGGGCCGCCGGGCGGGCGGACGAGGUGCACACGCUGCAGGAGAAUCUGCGGCAGCUGCAGGACGAGUACGACCAGCAGCAGACAGAGAAGGCCAUCGAGCUGUCCCGGAGGCAGGCCGAGGAGGAGGACCUGCAGCGCGAACAGCUGCAGAUGCUGCGUGAGCGGGAGUGGGAACGAGAGCGGGAGCAGUUCCAGGCCGCGUCCCUACACACACGGACUCGGUCCCUGGACUUCCGAGAAAUCCGGCCUUUCCAGCUGGAGCCUGGCAGGGAGCCUCGCAACCACCUUGCUUAUGCUUUGGAUCUAGGCUCUUCCCCAGUUCAGAGCAGUGCAGCUCAGAAGACUCCGUCGCCCGUCUCAGCUCUCGAGCCUGUCAGAGUGUGGUCUGGGCCCCCAGCCAUUGGCCAGGAACCCCUCCCCCAGAGCACCGUGUCACAGCAGAGUGAGCUGGCCUCUCUAAACCCCUUCGAGGAGGAAGACCCCUCCAGCCCCACAGCAGACAGCACUACCAGCCCUCCGGCUGCAGAGCCUGCCUCUGGCCCUUCAGCCUGCAUCCUCAAAGAAUACAAUCCUUUUGAGGAAGAAGAGGAGGAGGCCGUAGCAGGGAAUCCCUUCACUAACCCAGACAGUCCAGCGCCCAACCCCUUCGAUGAGGAAGAUGAGUAUCCCUGCCCGAGGCCCUCAAGCCCUCCUGUUCCUGGCAACCCAUUUGAGGAAGCCACCUGUACCAACCCCUUUGAGAUGGACAGUGACAGUGGGCCAGAGGGCGAGGAGCCCAUAGAGGAGGAGCUCCUUCUCCAGCAGAUUGAUAACAUCAAGGCGUACAUUUUUGAUGCCAAGCAGUGUGGCCGCCUGGAUGAGGUGGAGUUGCUGACAGAGAACCUGAGGGAGUUGAAGCGCACCCUGGCUAAACAGAAGGGGGGCACUGACUGACCCCACUGACCGUGGGCAGGGCAUCUUUGGGCCCAGGGCCUGGCAGGAGCCUGUGGAGCAGGGCAGGGCUGGUGGGCUCGGCGGGCAGGAGGGAAGGGGGAAGGGUAACAUCUAAGGUGUGCACACAGGUUAGGGCAGGGAAUCUGCUGUUUCGUGCUGUGCACUUGGAGGUUUUUCCACUACAGUUGAAUAUUAGUAAAGUGGGAACCAGAACAGGAAGAAUCAGCAUUCAUUUGCUGUAUUUCCUGGGUUGGUUUUUUGUUAUUUGUUUUUUGAAUUGGGUUUUCCCUUUAGAAGGGAUUUUAAAUUUUCAUUACCGACUAUAACUAAAUGCAGUUCUGCUGGGCAGUCUUCGUGAGUCCCUGUGCUCCUGCCUAGUCUUUGGUCCUUAUGCAGUAUUAUAGGGAAGCCUUAAAUAGGGCACUUUGUUCAGCCAAGACAGACAAGGUGGAUUCAUUUAAACCUUUCUUUGGUCAGACAGAAGUCUGUCCCUAUUAGGCUUCUUUCACCUGGGGCUUCCUCUGCCCUGCUGGGCACAUCCCAACCCAUGCAGUAGAAGGGGAGAGGUGCUGCAUGAAGGCAAUAGUUUAGACCCAGGAGAGCCCAGGGUCUAAACUAUUAGAGGGGUGGCAGGGGGUGAUGUUUCACCAGGGCGUUUCCAUUCAAUUUAAGUCCUUGGUUGUCUCUUUCAGGAAGUUAAACUUCCAGUCCCGGCUAUCACUGGGUCUGACCGUGGGCUGUUCAGAAGAUGGGAGCGGUUAACUUUUUGGUUGAUGGAGGCAGUAGUCUUUGGGAGAAGAGUGUCUACCCAAAUGUUACUCUGUUGGAACUGAAUAACUGAUGGUAUAAUUGUCCCAGAGAAACCUCCCUCUAGAGCUUUGGUGAAAUUAUUCUGGCCUGGGCUUUUUCAGAGGGCCCAGUCUGUAAUUUAGGAUUGUAAUCAGGAAGCUUUUGUGGGACAUUGCCAGGACAGUGGAAACUUCCUUGAGUCAGAAGAUAAAAUAAUUUUCAGGGCAAGUUGAUCAGCCUUCUUCCUUUUUGGGUCAUCCUGUCCUGAUCUGGGCAUCAGGGAGGUAUUUUCCUACCAAUGUUUAGUAUUAAGAAGUGGAAAUGUUUGAAGAGGCACAAGCCAGGAUCAUUCUGGUAGCACCACAGUACUUGAAUUCUUCAUCAAGUAAGGGCAAAAAGGGAAAUUGUUACUUUAGCUCUGGUGCUUUGGUUUACAGGAAUGUAAUCCUUACCUGACGUCUGACAUCAUGAUACCCAAGUGUGCUCAGCUCUAGGUAGAGUUCCUGCAAUUAGGCUUGUUGAUUAAUGAACAAUAACUGACCACUAGUCACUUUAUAUCCCUUAACUAACUCUGGGUCAUACUCUCACUGGUUACAGGUGUGAGAGCUGAGAUUCCUUUUGUUAUCUUCUGGGAAGACCCCUGCUGGUCUUGAGAAUGUUUGAAAAACAUUGUGGUUUAAAGGUGAUCUGUAUUUGUGUUGACACUAGUCGCAUUUCUUUAGCAUCUGUUGGAUUUUUGGGCUGAGUGAAAAGAUCCUGUAUAGGGGUGUGGGAAUGGGAAGUGGGUGGAGGGUGUGUGGAGGACACUGUUCUGUUUGCAAACAAAGGAAUAUGAGUGGAUUGCUAAUGUCAACCAGUUACCAGCCUUGCUGAUUGUGGUGGGGGUUGGGAAGUUGGCAACCAGGUCUGUAAGAUGUUGCCUGGUACAGGCACCUUUCUUCCUUCUCCUGCCCUUCCCGCUGUUAUUAUGGAGGGUUUCACAGAUGGUUGGCAUGCUCCCUGCUGCUCAGUCUGUCAUUGCUCUCUGAUUGAAGAGGAGGAUACUCUCUGCACCAAAAAGCAGGUAGUUCCAGAAGCUAAAUGCUGCUUUCCGUCAUAAUUACUUUUCUUAUGAAAAUAUAUCUCAUAAUUAGCUGGUGAUUUCACUUCAGACUAGUUUACUGAACAUACCCUUUUCCUGAAGUCAACCCAGGUAGCAAUCUGUAAGUAACUAAGAGCAUUAAGAACCACACAUUUAAAAAGUUAAACUUAAAAACAAAACAAAACAAAACACUGAAUAUACUAAACCAAACUAAAACCUUCUGAUGUGAUUGAAUUCUUCCAUGGGUAUAUUCUUCCAUUUAAUUCUUCUAUGGCUAUAUUCUAUAUAAUCAUAGACCUGACAGGAAUUAGAAUUCUCUAUACCUAACAUUUCCCAGAAUUCACACAGGCACAAAGUUGGCUUUAUAGAGAUGAGUUAUCAUCAGGGUAAAGAUGGCCUAUGGAUUGCAACCACAGCUUCAAGUUCUUACCUCAUGUGAAUAUUUUACUCUUCCCGCAGUCUUUCAAGGCAAACCACUCCAUCUCAUGAGAAGAUGAGCAAGUUCUUUUUUUUUUUUUUUUCUUAAUUAUUCUUUUUAGUAAUCUCUACAUCCAACAUGGGGCUUGAACUCAUGACCCCAAGAUCAAGAGUCCCAAGCUCCUCCGACUAAGCCAGCCAGGCACCCCAAAAGUGAGCAAGUUCUUGAUGAGGUGUUGG